AUGGCGAAAGGCCUUAAAACUGGUGAUCUAGUUUUGUGUAAAGUGGGUUCCUUCCCACCUUGGCCAGCAGUCGUAUACCCCCAGAGACUACUCCGAAAGGAUGUGUACCGUAAGAGAAGGCCAAAUUGCGUUGCCGUGUGUUUUUUCAACGAUCCUACGUAUUAUUGGGAACAACCACAUAGGUUAACAACAUUGGAAUCAUCAGUUAUUGAAACGUUCCUGUCGCAAAAUGGGAGAGGCAAGAGUCAGCAGGAUCUGGUGGAAGCUUAUCGACAGGCGCAAGAUUUCGGGAGUUUGAACGAUUUCAUAGUGAAUCGAGCCAUGGAAGAAGAUAGGAUGGACGAGUUAAAGCGUGGGAUGGGUAAAGAACAUAUCGAAUCCGGCGAGGAUCCGUUUCAAAGCAAAGAUAUUACGAAAAAGGUUAAAUCUACUCCCUCACCGUCUUCAUCAGCUUCACCGACUUUAAAAAGCAGACGCAAGCGUUUGCGAGAUAGUGAGGACGGUAACAUACAUGAAGAUAGUGAUGAGGAUAAAGCAACACGAAAGGCACAUUAUAAACGGAAGCAGGCCCAUGUAGAUGGCCAUCGAGAUAAAAAUCACGGACUGGAUCCAUCUCGAAAGAUCGAAAUAUCGUUAUUAUUCAGAAGGAAGCUACAAAAGAACCUAGUACAGCGUGAAGACCUUCCCACGGACGCAGAGAUAGCAGAGUCCCACAAGAUGUUAAGUAGGAUUCUCGAAAACCUGGAUAACGACCCGCCAUACUUUGACAUUGAAGCACUACGACAAAGCAAACUCCACAAGCUACUGAAGGUCAUAGUCAAUGAUCCAGACCUAGAAGAGUUUCACCCUGCAUCAAAACAGAUUCUCGUGAACUGGUCUGAUUAUAUAGCCGAAUUGAAGGCAGAAAAGGCUUUGCAAGAAGGCCAGGAUAUCAACUAG